CCACAGGCCUGGGCAAGGUGCAGCCCCCAGACUUCUGCAAUCUUAACCGCUGGGCUUCCUCUCGAGGUGGGAGCCCCGCCUCCCCCCCACCCCACCCCUGUCUGCCCUUUGGCACCUCAAGAAGGCACCUUCCUCUGUCAGAAUGGCCACCAUGAUACCUGCCGUGUCGUGGCUCCGGGCCUGCUGGACUCUGCUGGUCUGCUGUCUGCUGACCCCAGGUGUCCAGGGGCAGGAGUUCCUGUUGCGGGUGGAGCCCCAGAACCCAGUGCUUCCUGCUGGAGGUUCCCUGUUGGUGAACUGCAGUACUGAUUGUCCCAGCGCUAAGCAAGUCACCUUGGAGACGUCUCUAUCAAAGGAGCUGGUGGACAAUGGCACAGGCUGGGCAGCCUUCUGGGUCAGCAACGUGACUGGCAACAGCCGGAUCCUCUGCUCAGGGUACUGCAAUGGUUUGCAGAUAAUAGGCUCCACUGACAUCACCGUCUACAGGCUCCCGGAGCGGGUGGAACUGGCACCCCUCCCCCCCUGGCAGCCGGUGGGUCAGAACCUUACCCUGCACUGCCAAGUGGAGGGUGGGUCGCCCCGGACCAGCCUCACGGUGGUGCUGCUCCGCUGGGAGGAGGAGCUGAGCCGGCAGCCCGCAGUGGAGGAGCUCUCGGAGGUCACUGCCACUGUGCUGGCCGGCAGAGGUGACCACGGAGCCCAUUUCUCAUGCCGCACAGAACUGGACCUGCGGCUCCAAGGGCUGAGACUGCUCGUGAACACCUCAGCCCCCCGCCGGCUCCAAACUUUUGCCCUGCCGGUGACACCACCGCGCCUCGUGGCUCCCCGGUUCUUGGAGGUGGAAACCUCGUGUCCGGUGGAUUGCACCGUAGAGGGGAUUUUUCCGGCCUCAGAGGCCCAGGUCCACCUGGCGCUGGGAGACCAGGUGCUGAAUGCGACAGUCACGAACCACGGGGACAUGUUAACGGCCACAGCCACAGCCACGGCGCGCGCAGAUCAGGAGGGUGCCCGACAGAUCAUCUGCAACGUUACCCUAGGGGGCGAGAGACUUGAGGCCCGGGAGAACUUGACGGUCUUUAGUUUCGGAGGACCCAUUCUGAACCUGAGCGAGCCCAGUGCCCCCGAGGGGUCCACAGUGAUCGUGAGUUGCAUGGCUGGGGCUCGAGUCCAGGUCACGCUGGACGGAGUUCCGGCCGCGGCCCCCGGGCAGCCAGCUCAACUUCAGCUAAAUACUACCGAGAACGACGACGGACGCAGCUUCUUCUGCAGUGCCACUCUCGAGGUGGACGGCGAGUUCUUGCACAGGAACAGUAGCGUCCAGUUGCGUGUCCUGUAUGGUCCCCAAAUUGACCGAGCCAAAUGUCCCCAGCACUUGAAGUGGAAAGAUAAAACGAGACAGGUCCUGCAGUGCCAAGCCCGGGGCAACCCAUCUCCCCAGCUGCGGUGUUUGAAGGAAGGCUCCAGCCAGGAGGUGCCAGUGGGGAUCUCGUUCUUGGUCAAUGUAACACAUAAUGGCACUUAUCAAUGCCAAGCGGUCAGCUCACGGGGCAAAUAUACCCUGGUCGUGGUGAUAAACAUUGAGGCUCGGAACUCCCACUUUGUCCCCGUCUUAUUGGCGGUGUUUACGACCCUGGGCGUGGUGACUGUCGUAGUGGCCUUAAUGUACGUCUUCCGGGCGCGGAAACAGAGAGGCCUGUACCAUGUUAGGCAGGAGAGCCCCUCUGUGCCCCUCACGUCUAUGCCCACAGAGGCAAUUAGGGAAGAACCGUCCAGAGUUGAGUGACUCUGGGAUCUUGGGCCAAAGUUGGCAGGGGCUUGGCUGUACCCUCAGAUUCCCCACCAAUAAAGCCUUCAAAUUCCCUAA